AUGGCUUCACACCCAGACGAAAGUCAGAAUCUCGCUCUUGAGCUCCAAGAUGGAUAUGUCUGCUUCGGAAAAAGCUUCGGUGCCGAGAAGAGCAUUGCGGGAGAGCUGGUCUUUCAGACUGGUAUGGUCGGUUAUCCCGAGUCGAUAACUGAUCCCUCUUACCGGGGCCAAAUCCUGGUCAUCACAUUCCCCCUAGUCGGCAACUAUGGUGUGCCCUCGCGGGAAGAGAUGGAUAGUCUGCUAAAGGACGUCCCAGCGCACUUCGAGGCAAAGGAAAUUCACAUUGCAGGCUUGGUCGUGGCCGCAUACGCAGAAGACGAAUACUCACAUCACUUGGCCACCUCUUCGCUGGGUGCAUGGCUGAAAGAGCAGGGCGUACCCGCGAUCACUGGCGUGGACACGCGAGCGCUGACGAAGCUCAUCCGAGAGGAGGGGAGCAUGCUCGGCCGUUUGAUGCAGAGAACAGCACCAGCCCCAGCCUCAGCUGCACUUACGGUUGGUGCAGUUGACGAGGAGGUUGAAGACUGGAGGAGCAGCUUCGAGCAAGUUGAAUGGCUGGACCCCAACAAGAAGAACCUGGUAGCUGAAGUAUCUAUCAAGGAGCCCAAGCUCUACUCUCCCGAUCCGUCUACCGCCCUCAAACACCCCUCAGGCCGUCCUGUGCGUGUCGUAACCGUCGAUGUCGGUCUCAAAUACAACCAGCUGAGAUGCUUGGUACGGAGGGGAGUCGAGGUUCUGCAAGUGCCGUGGGACUACGACUUUCCCAAGCUUGCUGGCCAGGACUAUGAUGGCUUGUUCAUCUCGAACGGUCCCGGUGAUCCAGCUAUGAUGGAGUCUACAGUGAAACACAUCAAGACCGCCAUGGAUGAGGCUCGCACGCCCAUCUUUGGUAUCUGUCUUGGACACCAGCUGCUUGCGCGCGCUGCGGGUGCUGAUACACUGAAGAUGAAGUUCGGUAACCGCGGUCAUAACAUCCCAUGCACCAGCAUGCUCUCAGGGAAGUGCCACAUCACUUCGCAAAACCACGGUUAUGCUGUGGACUCCAAGACUUUGCCUAACGGCUGGGAAGAGCUUUUCGUCAACGCCAAUGACGGAAGUAACGAGGGUAUUCGACACGCGCGACGACCGUACUUUAGCGUCCAGUUCCAUCCCGAGCACACUCCCGGUCCUCGCGAUACUGAAUAUCUCUUCGAUGUCUUCAUUAGCACCAUUCAGAAGGCCAUCAGCUCAACCGAAGUCAUGUCGCAGCCUGUAGAAUUCCCUGGUGGCACCACCGAGGAGAACAGGGCAAUGGCUCCGAAAGUGGAGGUCAAGAAAGUCCUUGUUCUCGGUAGUGGAGGUUUGAGUAUCGGACAAGCUGGAGAGUUCGACUACUCUGGGAGUCAGGCUAUCAAGGCCCUCAAACAAGAGGGAAUCUACACAAUCCUGAUCAACCCCAAUAUUGCCACCAUCCAAACCUCGAAGGGCCUCGCCGACAAAGUCUACUUCUUGCCUGUCAAUGCUGACUUUGUCCGUAAAGUCAUCCAAAAAGAGCGUCCUGAUGGCAUCUAUGUCACUUUUGGUGGGCAAACCGCUCUCCAGGUGGGCAUUCAGCUCAAGGAUGAAUUCGAAGGACUUGGUGUCAAAGUUCUUGGUACACCGAUUGACACCAUCAUCACCACCGAAGACCGUGAGCUCUUCGCUCGUAGCAUGGAGUCAAUCGGCGAGAAGUGUGCCAAAUCAGCAUCUGCGAACAACGUCGAAGAGGCCAUGCGCGCCGUGAAAGACAUCGGGUUCCCUGUCAUCGUCCGAGCUGCUUUCGCUCUGGGUGGACUCGGCAGCGGUUUUGCUGAGAACGAUGAACAGCUGUUGGACCUUUGCAACAAAGCUUUCGCCGCCAGCCCGCAAGUUCUCAUCGAGCGCAGUAUGAAGGGCUGGAAAGAGAUCGAGUAUGAAGUUGUUCGGGAUGCUCAAGACAACUGCAUCACUGUGUGCAACAUGGAGAACUUUGAUCCUCUCGGAAUCCACACGGGAGACUCUAUCGUUGUUGCUCCAUCGCAAACACUCUCGGACGAGGACUACAACAUGCUACGAACGACAGCCGUCAAUGUCAUUCGUCACCUCGGCGUCGUCGGAGAGUGCAACAUCCAGUAUGCUUUGAACCCGUUCUCUCGUGAGUACUGCAUCAUCGAGGUGAACGCUCGUCUCUCCCGUUCAUCCGCUCUCGCUUCGAAGGCGACCGGAUACCCUCUUGCCUUCGUCGCAGCCAAGCUUGGUCUCAACAUCCCGCUCAAUGAGAUUUCGAACUCGGUCACACGCUCCACGUGCGCGUGCUUCGAGCCAUCUCUUGAUUACGUCGUUGUCAAGAUUCCUCGAUGGGACCUGAAGAAGUUUACGCGUGUGUCAACUCUGCUCGGCUCCUCCAUGAAGAGUGUCGGUGAAGUCAUGAGCAUUGGCAGGACAUUCGAAGAAGCAAUGCAGAAGGCCAUUCGUGAGAUUGAUCCCCAUAACGUUGGCUUCAGCGAGACUGCUGCUUUGAUGGGUAUCGACCAGGAGCUACAGACCCCCUCGGACCAGCGAUUGUUUGCCAUCGCAAACGCCAUGAAGUCUGGAUACAGUGUCGACAAGAUCUGGGAGAUGACGCAAAUCGAUAAGUGGUUCCUCAGUCGCCUCAAAGAUCUCAGCAAUUUUGAGAAGUCAAUGUCAAGCUACAACACUGCAAGCAUCACGAAGCCGCUCAUGAAGAAAGCGAAGCAGCUUGGUUACUCCGAUCGCCAGCUGGCCAAGUUCUGGGGUUCUAACGAACUUGCCGUGCGCCGCGCUCGUGUCGAUGCAGGUAUCUUCCCGGUCGUCAAGCAAAUCGACACUGUUGCUGCAGAAUUCCCAGCACACACGAACUAUCUUUACUUGACCUACAACGGCACCGAGCACGACGUCGACUUCAACGACAAGGGAGUCAUGGUGUUGGGCUCUGGCGUAUACCGCAUCGGUUCCUCCGUCGAGUUCGACUGGUGCUCUGUGCGUGCGAUCAGGACUCUUAGGGAGCAGGGAUUCAAAACUGUAAUGCUUAACUAUAACCCGGAGACCGUUUCGACUGAUUACGAUGAAGCCGACCGCCUCUACUUUGAAAACAUUUCGUUAGAAACCGUGCUUGACAUCUACAGCUUGGAAAACUCGAGCGGCGUGAUCAUCUCCAUGGGUGGCCAGACGCCCAACAACAUCGCCCUGCCUCUCCACCGCAUGAACGUCAAGAUCCUUGGUACUUCCCCAGAAAUGAUCGACACCGCGGAAAACAGGUACAAGUUCUCGCGUAUGCUUGACCGCAUCAACGUCGAUCAGCCUGCUUGGAAGGAACUUACCAGUAUCGAGGAGGCCACGGAAUUCUGCGACAAGGUCUCAUAUCCAGUGCUGGUGCGCCCGUCUUACGUCCUGUCUGGAGCUGCUAUGAAUACGGUGUAUUCCAAACACGACCUGGGCAACUACCUGAACCAGGCAGCCGAUGUCUCGAAGGAUCAUCCUGUUGUCAUUACCAAGUACAUUGAAAACGCCAAGGAGAUUGAGAUGGACGCCGUCGCUCGCAACGGAACUAUGAUCGGGCACUUCAUCUCGGAGCACGUAGAGAACGCUGGUGUGCACUCCGGUGACGCCACCCUCAUUCUCCCUCCUCAAGAUUUGGACCCAGAAACAGUCCGCCAGAUCGAGGAAGCGACCCGAAAGAUUGGUAGCGCUUUGAACAUCACUGGGCCUUACAACAUCCAAUUCAUCGCCAAGGACAAUGAAAUCAAGGUCAUUGAGUGCAACGUCCGAGCGUCGCGAUCCUUCCCAUUCGUUUCCAAAGUCAUGGGUGUUGAUCUCAUUGAGAUGGCUACCAAGGCCAUGGCCGGCCUUCCUCUGGUUGAAUAUCCCCCGGUCAACAUUCCUGCUGAUUACGUGGGAGUGAAGGUGCCACAGUUCUCGUUCUCGCGACUGUCUGGUGCAGAUCCAGUCCUCGGUGUAGAGAUGGCCUCAACGGGUGAAGUAGCUUGCUUCGGCCGCACGAAGUACGAGGCUUAUCUCAAGGGUCUCAUCGCCACUGGUUUCCGGUUGCCCAACAAGAACAUACUCUUCUCGAUCGGUUCGUUCAAAGAUAAGUUGGAAAUGCUGCCCUCGAUCGAGGCUCUGCACAAGAUGGGCUUCAAGCUCUUCGCCACAGCCGGAACUGCGGACUACAUCCAGGAGCACGGCCUUCCUGUGAAGUUCUUGGAAGUCCUGUCAAGUGGUGAACAUGACGAGCAGAAAGCAGAGUACUCGCUGAUGCAGCACUUGUCGAACAACCUCAUCGAUUUGUACAUCAACUUGCCAUCGAGCAAUCGUUUCCGACGACCGGCGAACUACAUGAGCAGAGGGUAUCAAACACGACGUAUGGCCGUCGACUACCAGACUCCCCUAGUGACCAAUGUCAAGAACGCAAAGCUGCUGGUCGAGGCGAUUGCCCGCCAUUACGAUCUUGAAAUCAGUAGUGUCGACUACCAGGAGUUUGAACCUGCUCCUGGGUCUCAAGGGCAAUCGGGCCUGCAAGUGUCCGGGCUAAACGGCUCGCCGUCCCUCACUCAGUUGCUUGCCAGGUCGCCAUUCAAGAGAAAGCAUAUCACUUCUGUCAAGCAGUUCUCUCGCGCGGACCUUCAUCUGUUGUUCACCAUUGCCCAGGAGAUGCGCCUUGGUGCUCAGCGCCAUGGAUGUCUCGACAUCCUCAAGGGCCGCGUUCUUUGCACAAUGUUCUUCGAGCCAUCGACACGGACGUCUGCUUCCUUCGAUGCCGCCAUGAAGCGUCUCGGUGGAGAGGUUGUCGUUGUCAACGAAGCCGUUUCCUCGACAAAGAAGGGUGAAUCCAUCGCCGAUACGAUCCGCACGCUGGGAUGCUACGGAGACGCGAUUGUGUUGCGCCACCCAGCCGAAGAGUCCAUCGACAUUGCAGCGAAGUUUGCUGGUGUACCUGUCAUCAACGCCGGGAACGGCAGCCGCGAGCAUCCUACUCAGGCAUUGCUGGAUAUCUUCACUAUCCGAGAAGAGCUGGGUACUGUCAACGGCCUCAACAUCACCUUCGUGGGUGAUCUCAAGUACGGCCGUACCGUGCACUCCCUAUGCGAACUGCUGUCCCACUACGACGUCACUGUCAAUUUGGUGUCUCCUGAAUCCCUCAGCAUGCCCUCUACUGUUCGCGACGGACUCAAGGCCAAGGGCCAGCUGAACCAGGUCUCCACCGAGCUGACGACUGAUAUUAUCGCUGCGUCUGACGUUCUGUACUGCACCCGUGUGCAGAAGGAGCGCUUCCCAGAUCUCGCAAGCUACGAACAGGUCAAGGACUCGUUUGUCAUCGACAACAAGGUGCUCAAGGGCGCGAAGGCCAACAUGAUCAUCAUGCACCCGCUGCCGAGGAACAACGAGAUUCACGAGGAGGUGGACUUUGAUCCCAGGGCUGCGUACUUUAGACAGAUGAGGUACGGAUUGUACACUCGCAUGGCGUUGCUUGCUAUGGUCAUGGCCCCCUAG